CCAGUCACACCAACAGCUCAAACAAAUCUUGUUUUACUGACCUUCAUCUGAUUCAAUCGAACUCUUUCAUGUUUAUUAUCAAGAAGGAUCCGCAUAUUUCACAAUGAAGAUUGUCGUUGUCUUAAGUCUUCUGGUUGCUGUGAGUGGCUAUGACUCUAAGGAAUUUCGGAAAUACUUCGACGCAAUCGACAAAAAUCAUGAUGGCAAAAUAACUCUGCUUGAAUGGAUUAUUCACUACAGGAAAUACGACGUAGACGCUGAUGGCAUAGUCAGCCUCAAGGAGUUCGCUACAUCUCUACUGCCAGAGACACUACCAGCUGUAGUCAAGGCAACUUACAGCUUCUACGACAAGAUGGACGGUGUGAGUGAUGGAGUGCUUCGUUACUCACUCAUGGACACCGCAUUUACAUACCAUGAUGUUAACCACGACGGGAUAAUCUGUUUCAACGAAUAUGAAUUUACUUGUAAAAAGGUAAUACCACUUGCUCCUCUACGGAAAGUCAUCUAGAAAUAUCUAAUGGUGUAAAGCAAAUUUAAAGCACUUGGGGAAAGUUAAA